AUGACUAGGGCAAAUCCUGGGUUUUUGCAUCCAUUUAUUUCUGAAAUAGAUCGAGAAUUUCAUAGGUUAAUUAGAGCACGUAGGGCUUUUGUUACUGAUUCUCAUUCAAGUGAUUCUGAUUCUGACCUUGAUUUUGAUUCUGAUUUUGUUGCAGUUUUUGAUAACAUGGCUGAAGAAGGACCGCGAGAAAGAACAUUAAGGGAGCUGGCUGCACCUGAUUUCACCUACGAAAGCUUGUGUAUCCAGUAUCCUGAGGAUGUACCAUGUGUACUCAAAACUGGACUAAUCCAUUUAUUGCCUAAGUUUGGUGGUCUUGCAGGUGAAGAUCCUCAUAUGCAUAUCAAGGAGUUUCGUACUGUCAUAUCCACCAUGAAGCCUCCUGAAGUUGACAAAGAUCAUAUCUGUUUGAAGGCUUUUCCUCAUUCCCUUCAGGGAACUGCAAAGACUUGGUUGUAUAACCUGCCUCCUUCAUCCAUUGCAAGCUGGGACGACCUGAAAAGAAAGUUUCUUGAGAAGUUCUUCCCUGCCUCUAGGACAACUUCAAUCAGAAAAGACAUCUCAGGAAUCAGGCAGCUACAUGGAGAGACUCUACAUGAAUACUGGGAAAGAUUCAAGACACUAUGUGUGAGCUGCCCCCAUCACCAGAUUUCCGAGCAGCUCCUAGUUCAGUAUUUUUAUGAGGGUUUGCUCAACAUGGAGAGACAUCUCAUUGAUGCUGCUUGUGGAGGUGCAUUGAAUGACAUGACUCCUACUGAAGCCAGGCAGUUGUUUGAGAAGAUGGCUGCUAAUUCUCAGCAGUUUCACACAAGGAGUAAUGAUGAUGUUAAAACUGUUAAUGAGAUUGGGACAGAUCCAAGGAUGGACAAGCUUGAGAAGAGGAUGGAAACCAUUGCCAGCUUGGUUACUCAAUUGGCCAUGAACCAGAAUAAACCUUCACAACAGGAAAAGGUUUGUGGCAUUUGCACUAAAGACCAUAAUACUGAUGUUUGUCCUUCUCUGCAGGAACCUACAGAUGAGAAUCCUGAAGCAUAUGCUGCCAACAUUUUCAAUAAUCGACCUCAGCAAAAUUAUGAUCUGUCAUCUAACAGAUAUAAUCCUGGCUGGAGAAAUCAUCCAAAUCUUAGAUGGCAAUCUAAAGAAUCUUCAUUGGAGGAUAUGUUGAAGCAGAUGACAGCCCAAAACAUGCAGUUCCAACAAGACACCAGAUCCUCUAUUCAGAAUCUGACCACCCAGAUAGGACAGAUGGCUACUUCAAUAAACCAGCUCCAGUCCCAGAAUUCUGAUAAGCUGCCCUCUCAGACGGUUGUCGAUCCAAGAAAUGUGAGUGCCAUCACCUUACGGUCGGGGAAGCAAAUUGAUGCAAAUCAUGGACCCGAGCCAGAGCCUGAGCCUGAAAAGGAGACAGAGACCACUGCCACAAGAACCUUCCAAGUACAACCACCUUCCAUUCCUCUUCCAUUCCCUCUGAAAGCUAUGCCAAGCAAGAAGAAGGAAGAGUUAGAUAAGGGAAUCUUGGAGAUAUUCAAGAAAGUGGAGGUGAACAUACCUCUACUUGAUGCACUCAAGCAAAUUCCAAGAUAUGCAAAGUUUCUGAAAGAAUUAUGCACUCAGAAAAGGAAGUUGAAGGGAAAUGAAAGAGUUCGCAUGGGGAGAAACGUUUCUGCAAUCAUAGGUAAAGCUGGUAAACCUGCUCCUGUUUCUGAUGUUCCUGAAAAAUGUGAGGAUUCAGGUACGUUUUCUGUUCCUUGCGUCAUAGGUGAUACUAAAAUUGAAAAUGCCAUGCUAGAUCUAGGAGCUUCAAUUAAUGUGAUGCCUAUGUCUAUUUUUAAAUCCCUUUCACUUGGACCUUUGAAACCUACGGGUGUUGUCAUCCAAUUAGCAAAUAGGAGCACGGCACACCCUGCUGGAUGGGUAGAGGAUGUUUUGGUUAGGGUUGGUGAACUUGUUUUCCCUGCUGAUUUUUAUGUGCUUGAAAUGGAAAAAGGAUCUUCCCGUAAUACAGUUCCUAUCAUUUUGGGGAGACCGUUUUUAAAGACAGCCCGAACCAAGAUAGAUGUUUAUGCUGGUACACUGACUAUGGAAUUCGGUGAUAUUGUGGUUAGGAUAAACAUUUUUGAUGCUAUGAAACAUCCACCUGAAGAUUAUUCUGUGUUUCAUAUUGAUUUGCUUGAUGAACUGCUUGAUGAUAUGCUUGAUGAACAUGAAUCUGAUUUCCUACAUGAUUCUGAUUUUCCUUCACUAACUGGGUCAUACACUUGUCAUACAUGUACUGCUACUGAAAUGUGUGAUUCUUGCAUUGAUCAAUUUUUGGACACUGUUGUUGUUGACUCAGAUGUUAAGAAAUCUGAUUUCACUAACCCAGUUGUUGAAGUGCAGGCUGCAGAAACUGUAUCUGCUAGUUUGGUUCCAUCUGUUUUGCAGGCACCCGUAUUGGAGCUUAAGCCCUUACUAGAUAACCUCAAGUAUGCUUACUUGGAGGAUGAUAAGAAGCUCCCUGUCAUUGUUUCCUCAACCCUUCAUGAAAAUCAAGAGGAAAAGUUGCUGCAAGUACUAAAGAAGCACAAGAAAGCCAUUGGUUGGACCUUAGCUGACAUUCCUGGUAUUAGUCCAUCCAUGUGCAUGCAUAGAAUACUCUUGGAAGAAGGAGCGAAGCCAGUAAGACAACCACAAAGGAGACUCAACCUAGUGAUACUUGAUGUUGUGAAGAAGGAGAUCACCAAGCUGCUACAAGCUGGAAUUAUAUAUCCGAUCUCUGACAGCCCUUGGGUGAGCCCAGUUCAAGUGGUCCCUAAGAAGACAGGACUUACCGUAGUGAAGAAUGAGAGGAACGAGCUUAUCCCUACUCGAGUGCAAAACAGUUGGAGAGUCUGCAUUGAUUAUAGGAGGCUCAAUCAAGCAACCAGAAAGGAUCACUUUCCUUUACCCUUCAUUGAUCAAAUGCUUGAGCGCUUAGCAGGUAAAAGUCACUACUGUUUUCUUGAUGGUUUUUCUGGGUACUUUCAAAUUCACAUUGCUCCUGAGGACCAAGAAAAGACCACAUUCACUUGUCCCUUUGGCACUUUUGCCUAUAGGAGGAUGCCCUUUGGUCUAUGCAAUGCCCCUGGUACAUUCCAGCGGUGCAUGGUAAGUAUUUUCAGUGAUUUCUUAGAGAGUUGUAUCGAGGUCUUUAUGGAUGAUUUCACUGUUUACGGAUCUUCAUUUGAUACAUGUUUAGAUAAUCUGGAUAAAGUUUUGCAUAGGUGCAUUGAAACUAACCUUGUUUUGAAUUAUGAGAAGUGUCAUUUUAUGGUAGAGCAAGGCAUAGUACUAGGUCAUGUGAUUUCUAACAAAGGUAUAGAGGUGGAUCCUGCCAAGAUAGAUGUUAUUUCACAUUUUCCUUACCCCUCUUGCGUGCGAGAGGUGCGUUCUUUUCUUGGCCAUGCAGGUUUUUAUCGCAGGUUCAUUCAGGAUUUCAGCAAGAAAGCCCUUCCUCUUUCUAACUUGCUGCAGAAGGAAGUGGCGUUUGAUUUUGAUGAGAAAUGCAGAGAGGCGUUCGAUUGCCUCAAGAAAGCCUUGACCACCACUCCUAUCAUUCAGGCACCGGAUUGGACAGCCCCUUUUGAGCUUAUGUGUGAUGCCUCUAAUUACGCAUUGGGUGCUGUCCUUGCUCAAAAAGUAGAUAAGUUGCCUAGGGUAAUAUAUUAUGCAUCUAGGACUUUAGAUUCUGCACAAGCGAAUUACACAACCACUGAAAAAGAACUUCUAGCUAUUGUGUUUGCUCUAGAUAAAUUUAGAUCAUAUUUGCUAGGUUCUAGAAUUAUUGUGUAUACUGACCAUGCAGCUCUAAAGUUCCUGUUGAAGAAGGCUGAAUCAAAACCUAGGUUGAUCCGAUGGAUGCUCUUGCUCCAAGAGUUUGACUUGGAGAUUAGAGAUAGAAGUGGAGCACAGAAUUUGGUGGCCGAUCACUUGAGUCGGAUAGAGAGGGAUGCUGACACUCUUCCCAUUAGAGAUGACUUUCCGGAUGAACGGCUCUUUAAUAUUUCAGUUUCUUUUCCAGCACCCUGGUUUGCUAAUAUUGUUAAUUAUUUAGUCGCUUCUGUGUUCCCUCCAUUUGCUUCUCGAGCUCAGAUUGCUAAGCUCAAGAGUGAUGCUAAAUACUAUUGUUGGGAUGACCCCUAUUUGUGGAAGUUUUGUACUGACCAGGUUAUUAGGAGGUGCAUUCCAGAUCAUGAGAUUGAGUCAGUCCUUCAGUUUUGCCAUGCUUCUGCAGUGGGUGGUCACUUUGGACCCCAAAGGACAGCACGCAAGGUGCUUGACUCUGGAUUUUACUGGCCCACCAUCUUCAAAGAUGCGGCAAGGAUUUGCAGCACCUGUGAGCCAUGUCAGAGAGCAGGCGGUACCAUUUCUUGGAGGAAAGAGAUGCCUCAACAGCCCAUGCUGUUUUGUGAGGUCUUUGAUGUAUGGGGUAUCGAUUUUAUGGGUCCUUUUCCUGUUUCUUUUGGUUUCUAUUAUAUUUUGCUUGUUGUUGAUUAUGUUUCUAAAUGGGUGGAAGCUAAGGCCACCCGGACUAAUGAUUCUCGAGUUGUUGUGGAUUUUGUUAGGUCUAACAUCUUUUGCAGGUUUGGCAUUCCUAGAGCAAUCAUUAGUGACCAAGGCACCCACUUCUGCAAUAGGUCCAUGCAAGCUCUUCUCAAGAAAUAUGGGGUUGUUCAUAGAAUUUCCACACCAUACCAUCCUCAAACAAAUGGGCAAGCUGAGAAUUCCAACAGAGAGAUAAAGAGGAUCUUGGAGAAGACUGUCCAGCCUAACAGGAAGGAUUGGAGCAAUAGACUUGAGGAUGCUCUUUGGGCCCAUCGUACUGCUUACAAAGCACCCAUCGGAAUGUCUCCUUAUCGCGUUGUUUUUGGUAAGGCAUGUCAUCUCCCUGUUGAGAUAGAGCAUCGUGCUUAUUGGGCUGUGAAGACUUGCAACUUGGCUCUUGAUCAAGCUGGUGGCGAAAGAAAGCUUCAAUUGAGUGAGUUAGAUGAGAUCCGCUUGGAAGCCUAUGAGAACUCUAAGUUCUACAAAGAGAAGACCAAAAUAUUCCAUGAUAGCUUGAUUUCCAGAAAAGACUUUUUGGUUGGACAACAAGUGUUGUUGUAUAACUCUAGGCUUGGCCUAAUGAGCGGUAAGCUUCGUUCUAAGUGGAUUGGUCCUUUUGUUGUUACUAAUGUGUUUCCUUAUGGUACUGUAGAGAUCAAAAGUGAAUCCACAGAUAAGAGCUUCAAAGUUAAUGGUCAUCGCCUCAAGCAUUUCCUCACUAAUCCUUCUCUUGUGGAUGCUACCAUGGACGAUGUUUCCUUGGUUGCUUCCACCCUCCGCCCGCCAUGA